UUUUAUUUAUUUUAACCUAAAAACUCUAAACCCUAAACCCCAGAGGUAACCACCACAUGGAAGGGAAGGGUUUAAGCAAUGAAGCAUCAUCGUCAUGGCGAGUGCUGGAAUUUUACAGCGGCAUCGGUGGCAUGAGGUACUCAGCAAUGAAAGCUGGGGUGAACGCAGAAAUGGUUGAGGCUUUUGACAUAAACGACCUGGCUAAUGAUGUUUACCAACACAAUUUCAGGCAUCGUCCAUUUCAGGGGAACAUUCAGACCUUAAGUGCUGCUGAUCUUGAUCGUUACCGAGCAAAUGUGUGGCUUCUUUCCCCACCAUGCCAACCUUAUACUCGACAAGGUCUUCAGAAACAAUCUGCUGAUGCGCGGGCCUCCUCUUUUAUAAGUAUACUUGAAAUCAUACCACAGUUGAUGCAACCACCAGUUAUGCUCUUUGUCGAGAAUGUUGUUGGAUUCGAGACUUCUGAUACGCAUCAAAAGAUGAUUCAGAUACUUACAGAAAACCAAUUCGUGACUCAAGAGUUUAUAUUAAGCCCGCUGCAGUUUGCUGUUCCAUAUUCUCGUCCGCGUUACUUUUGCCUGGCGAAAAGAAAACCUUCAUCUUUCUACAACACGGACUUAAAUGGACAACUUCUUCGUGUGCCAGAACCAUUAUUUGGCCCUAAAGAGACCGUAUCAGUCAGUGAAAAUGGUCAGCUUGCAAGUAUGUCGUAUGAAAUGUCCCAAACAUGCCUUCCUAUUGAACAGUUUUUGGAAUUUGGGAACUACGUGAACCAGAAUAGUUUUUCAAAUAGGGGUUCCUUAGAUCAGUACUUCGUUCCAUCUAGCUUGACAGAGAGAUGGGGGAGUGCCAUGGAUAUUGUCUAUCCUGAUUCUAAACGUUGCUGUUGUUUCACAAAGAGUUAUUAUCGUUACGUGAAAGGCACGGGCUCCCUUUUAGCAACCAUUAUGCCAACAAUACGAGACAAAACAUCAUUGGAAGAACUUUGUAUUAGAUACUUUACUCCUAGAGAGGUUUCCAAUUUGCAUUCUUUUCCCAAGGAAUUCGAGUUCCCGGAACAUGUAACUCUUCGACAAAGGUAUGCAUUACUGGGAAACAGCUUAAGUGUGGCAGUGGUUGCUCCGCUGCUCCGUUAUUUAUUUAGCACCCCAUAGUCAUUAUUCAGCUUGGCAUGGCCGUUCAUAUGAAAGCUUCUUGUAGUCUUCUCUCCAGGACAUUUCCAUGAUAAGCCGAAAGAAAGAACCAUGUGUAUCAUAUGUAAAACGGUUUAAAGUGCUAGCCAUAGAGUACCACACAAUUUGGUGUUAGAAAAGAAUUAAAUCACAAAAACAUUAAUCUUGUGUAAGUACCUGUAACGAUGCUUUUUGAUCACCAAUUUCACUGAGCGCUUGGAUACAGUGGUGAUGCUUUUUUGUGCAUUAAUGUAUUAUCUCGACUUGGAUGA